CUCUAGUAGGUUGUACAUAUAUACGUAAUACGUCUUAUUUAAAAAACGUAAUCAUAAAAUCAUUUAACAUAUUUUUUUUUUUUACUACACGUUUGGGAGUUGAAUGUUCCUUUCAAGACAGUGUAAAAUAAGGUGAAAGCCGAGGUGCUGGAAAGUGAAUGGCGUCCAUUUCAUUCAAGACAGACUUGUGCUCGAGCCUCUCAGUGCGCGAGCGCUAAAUGGCGUAAGCGCACGAGCGCUUCAGAGGAAGUGGAGGGUGAAGCAGGUCCGCACCUUUUCCGGUAACACAGCGCGGCUGAGGGACUGAAGCGAGCGGGUGAAAGGGGGAGAGAAGAGCGAAGGGGAGAGCGGAUUUGGGGGAGUGCGCUGUGUUUGGCAGGGAGAGAAGACACAGAGAACGGAAACUCGGAUGAAUCAAUGACCUUUGGAGCUUUUGUUUGUCUUCGGCUUGCUUCCAGGUUGCUGUUCCGCCAUUAAGAGCGCACCGGCCAGCAUGAACUCGUGAAGGGAAUCCCGGGCGCGUGAAUGUGCCGAGUGGCUACAGCGAGCGGAGAGCCGGCGCACAAGGAGGAAGUCGGAGCUGCUGAGGGCCAGCGAGCGGGCCGCUGUGUUACUGAAGUCUGAAACACAUCCAGCUGCACUGUACACCGAAGGAAAGCUUCUUUAAGAGCUAAGAAGUGGACGUUUAUGGACCUGUCUUGAGCAACAGGGACAGCGAGACAGGUUCAGGAAGGCUGCUCAUCCACACCCUCUAGUCUUAACUUGGCGUUUCAGUCAGUAUCUUUUUAUUCCUCUAAAGUAUGCAGAUUAAAAAGCUCUAGCUUAAAAGUUUUACUCAAAGUCCUAAAAGAGCCAUACUUUUUGUAGCGAAGCAAUAGUUUUGCAGUCUGUUACAGUAUCUAGAAGUUGAACCAAAACGUGAAGUAUUACAGUAGCACAUAACGUAUCCAAAGGUGAAUUACCAAAAAAAAAACAUCCUAAAACUUUUCAUCUGUAACAAAAAAUAAUAUAUGCACAACCAACAAGAUGGGGAAAAUGCUUUCAAAGAUCUUUGGAAACAAGGAGAUGAGAAUAUUGAUGCUUGGACUUGACGCGGCUGGAAAGACUACCAUCCUUUACAAACUCAAACUGGGACAGUCGGUCACAACCAUUCCAACCGUGGGCUUUAACGUGGAAACGGUCACAUAUAAGAACGUAAAGUUUAACGUGUGGGAUGUCGGCGGUCAGGACAAGAUACGUCCGCUUUGGCGGCACUACUACACAGGCACACAGGGGCUCAUCUUUGUGGUGGACUGCGCUGACAGAGAUCGCAUCGAUGAGGCCAGACAGGAGCUGCACCGCAUCAUCAAUGACCGCGAGAUGAGGGACGCCAUCAUCUUGAUUUUUGCCAACAAGCAAGAUCUCCCGGACGCAAUGAAGCCACACGAAAUUCAAGAGAAGCUCGGCUUGACCCGCAUCCGAGACAGGAAUUGGUAUGUGCAGCCCUCGUGCGCUACCACAGGUGAUGGACUAUACGAGGGGCUAACCUGGCUCACUUCAAAUUACAAAUCUUAAUGCACUGCUCAGUUGGACUGGUCAGUGCAUGAGAAAUAGAUAGAUUUAAAAAGUUAAAUGAUCAAGAAGCAUUUAACAAAUAAUUCAAAAAAAGUUCAUUUAUGUUUCUGUUGAUUUUGAUCAUGACCUGUAACAGUUUUCUUUUAUAUUAUGUACCAAUCGUUUCGGCUGACUCUUAAGUUUGCUUCUGGCACUAUCAUAAUUGUUACAUACGAAUGCCACUUACUGUCUUUCAUUAUUGCAUAAAAGUGUUCUUUUGGAAAUAUGGUUAUGUAGAUUUAUUUUGCUCUCAUUGAGAUUUCUUUUUAGUCAUUGCAUUUUUUUUAUUCACGUUCAUCUUUUCUUUUAAUCACUGCACCAUUCUUAUGUUAGUAUUCUGCUUGCAUUUUUUCAUUCAUGGAACCCAGAUUUUGCCCAGUGUGCCACCCACCCUUUUCUCACAACUCUCACACACUCCAAGGUUUCGCCCCCCCCUCCUUCCCCGCCCAGACACGUUAUCUGUCCCAGAAUGACAUCAUAACUUUAAUUUGCUUGUUUGUCAUCUCACAAGAAUCCAGAAAUGUUAAGAGUGACAUUUUUUUUUUCUCUCUGAAUGCAAGGAGUUUAAACAGGAAAACAAAGUGAUGCCUAGUUUCGGCUACUCCAUGUUCAUGAAGACGUGGAUAUACAUGACAUUGUCUCUCUUUUUAUGUCACUGGCUGUUUUUAGUUUUUGAUGGGGUGGAGAUUCCCCUGCAAAUGAGUGUUAAAAUUGUUUGGCUUGUUUUCUUGGAAAGAGCAAACAAAAGGAGUUUCACAAGAGAUGAGCCAAAAUGACAGAGAGCAGGGCAGAAGUCACAGAAGGAGAGACGCCUCUAAUGGUGUCAGUAAGGGGAACAGGUACAAGGGCCGUUUACUCAAAUGAGCAAGUCAGCAUUUCUGUUGUGACCUUGUGUCCCCAAAAAAGUGUUUACUAACCCUACUACCUUUAGUCACCUGGAUCUUUCACGGUGCUCUGGAUUUUGAUCUGCAAAUACAAUAACAGUCAGCUGCACAAAGCAGCCGAACAAGCCUAUUUUUGUUUUAAAUAAAUUACAAUAAAUGAUUUGUUGUAUUAUUUAGAUACAUUUGUUAUGCUGAAGACAAAAUAAAAAAAACAAACCAACCUUAUUCUAGUUCCACAAUGAAAGUGCACCUUUUUGAGACUGGUGGUAAAGAAUAUACAUAAUUACAAAUUUGAUUAUUUGUAGAAAUUAUUCCCAAAAGAAAUUUAAGCAAAGUGAGAAGAAAAUGGUUUCAGUAUUAGUUUUAGUAUUAAUUUCUUAUACUUUGCGGAAGGACUGUUUCUUCAGAGCAAAUUAAACAAAAUCCAAAGUUCAUCAGUUCAACUGCUAUUCAGCUACAUAAUUUUUUAUAAUGUCAUUCAAAUGCACAUAUUAAUAUUCCAACUAUCAGUGUUUGAUUUAAAACCAUUUUUACACCUGCCUAAACCAUGCCUCUUGUUUUCAUAGAUGAUUCACUAUUUCCAGUGAUCAGACCAAAGAUAUGUGCUUCUUUUAAUUUUAACAGCUUUAAUCAGAUGGUAAUCAUGCACCUAUCAACAGGAACAUGGAAAUGAUCCUAUACACAUUUUUCACUAAGUAACACAGACCAAUUUGAGAUCGAUUAAGAGAACUGCAAAUACUAGAUGACCUCAUUCUCUAAAUGUAGGAAUGCCUGAGUGAAGUCAUGGGUCCUUUCAGGUCUGUGACUUAUCUUUUACUGAUGUAGCUAAAAUGGAAGAUAAUUUUCAACCACUGUCUUUAUUAAAGGAGUUUGCCAUGACCAAAUUACAUAAAAUACCCAGGUCUUAAAUGUUUUUUUAGGUUAUGCUAGUCUCUAUAGCGGUGAUCUCACAGUGUAAAAUCUAAUACUGUAAUAUGGGAACGUCAAGCCAAAGCUGCAUAUCAGUACAUGUUAAAUGGAGGUUGCUUUGGAGUUUGACCUGUUGCUGUGUUGAAAUGGCUGCAGAAUACAGUUUAUUUGCAGCCAGAUCACUACUGAGAUGAAGGACACUCCUUCUAUCAAUGUUGGGUUAAUAAAUUCCUAAACAAAUCAAAUAAACGUCUGUUACUUCAAAUGUGCACAA